AUGAAAGCUUUACAGUUGCUAGGAUUAUUUGGUUUUUGUUUGCAUUGCAACGGCGCUCCUCAAUUUAGAAUUUCGGAAAAUUCUGCGGAAAACAUCGGUCGUCUGCGCAAUCUUCGUCCGGAUGACCUGGUGGAAGAACUGAGCGGUCAGUUCGAAGGGGACCUGCUGCUGACCGAAGAACAGUAUGCCGAUAUCCAUCGUAAGAAUGGAAUGGUUGCCGAAAAGUAUCGCUGGCCGUCAAACAUGCUAGUGUACGAAAUUCAGCAAGGCUGGUUCGACCAGGAUCAGAUCGACUACAUCCACCAAGCAAUCGAGGCCAUCGAGGCUGCAACGUGUUUGCGGUUUAAGCUUCGUGAUAGUUCGCACGCGGCCGGUUACAUCAUUAUCCAUGGUAACAGUACCGGGUGCUCUUCAACCGUGGGUUAUAAUGGAGGAAACCAGCAGGUCAAACUGAAACCAUAUCCAGUGGGUAGUGGAUGUUUCCGGCUUGGAACUAUUAUACACGAAUUGAUUCAUGCCAUCGGAUUUUGGCACAUGCAAAACACUCACAAUCGAGAUGAGUACGUUAAGAUUGUGUGGGAAAAUAUUGAGCCAGGAAAGGAGCACAAUUUUCAGCUCUACGGUCCGGAAAAGGUGGACAAUUUUGGGGAAGAAUAUGACUAUGGUAGUAUUAUGCACUACAGCGAGAAAUCGUUUAGCGUAAACGGUGAGAAGACCAUUGUAACGCUAAAGGAAACGGUUCAGAAAAUUGGUCAACGGGACGCAAUGAGCAAUGGCGACAUUCUGAAAAUUAACAGAAUGUAUGGUUGUUAG